AUGCCUGCAGCUCCGACGCGUUCUGUGGAACUGACGUGGUGCGUAGUGUCUAUCAUUAAGAUCACGAAUAAAUACAUAACAUACAUACAACUAUCAUCUCAUCGUCCAUCCUCUGUCCUCCCGCAAAUUGAAGACUACGCGUCGACGGCGAAUUCGAAGAUAUGCAUCGUGACCGCAGGCGCCAGAGGUUCCGAGGAUAAAAAGGACGUCAUCGUGCGACAAAACACGGAGAUCUUCCGGCAGAUUGUGCCGCAAUUAGUCUCCCAUAGUCCCAACUGCAUCCUUUUGGUCUGCUCGUAUCCAGUGGACGAGAUGUCGUUCGUCGCGUGGAAGUUGAGCAAGCUUCCGCCUCAGAGGGUGAUUGGAUCCGGAACUAUCUUGGAGUCUGCAAGAUUCCGUUGUUUGAUAGCGCAAAAGCUGGACGUACAUCCGGAUAGUUGUCAGGCUUUCGUUAUCGGAGAGCAGGGCUGCAACAGCAUACCGGUCUGGUCUUCGGUGAGCGUCGCCGGUGUCAGAUUGAGGGACGUUAAUCCGGAUUUGGGAACGGGAGUCGAUCCAGAGGAUUGGCAAAGUAUACACAAGGAGGUGAUGGAAUCGGCCAAGGAGGUGACGUGCCUGAAGGAAUGCGGCUCCUGGGGGAUGGCGCUCAGCGUCGCGAGGAUCGUGCGAGCCGUCCUCUUCGACUCCAAAGAGUGCUUCGCAAUCUCUACACAUAUCAAGGGUUGCAGACACGGCGUCGAGAAGGACGUGUUUCUCUCGCUUCCGUGCAUCGUCGGCUGCGCAGGUGUCCAGUUCAUCGUCAGGCAGCAUCUGAGCGACGACGAGAAGGAUUGCAUGCAGAAAUCAGCGGACCGGAUGUACGAAACGCAGAAGACGUUGGGUUUGGACAACGAGACCAAGGUGGAAUGCUGACACUCAAAGUAUGAACAACAAACAUCUACUCUCACAACACUUCUAUCUAUACCUAUCCAUAACGUAGAGAGGAUAAGAAAACAGUACAACUGAAAUUGCGUUUACAACGAUUUUCUUAAGUUAAUAUUGGAUAUAGGUUCAAACCGAAUAAA